AUGACUCGUCGCCCUGUCUACUUCAAUCCCGCUGCCAAAUCGUGGAUCGCGCCAUUAACAGAUACCCCAGAACUGGCAUAUCGUUUCCACUCACAGCUGCCGGCUUAUUCACCAACCAGCCUGGUCUCUCUCAAGCACUUGGCUGAGCAACUCGGCGUCGGCGCCGUCCACCUCAAAAAUGAGACAUGUCGACUCGGACUCCCUUCCUUCAAAAUAUUAGGGGCCUCAUGGGGCACAUUCCGAGCCAUCGCCCAGAAACUUGGGCUUCCUCUCGACUCUUCUCUCGACUCCGUCAAGCAAGCGCUGAAAUGCACCAAGAUUACCCUAUACGCGGCCACGGAUGGUAACCAUGGUCGGGCCGUUGCUCGCAUGGCGUCCAUCCUGGGCGUUCCUUCACAAAUCCAUGUGCCCGUUUCUAUGCAUAGCGGUACCAUCGAUCUGAUAAAGUCAGAAGGAGCCCGUGUUGUCGUUUCGGAUGGCUUCUACGACGCUGCCGUUGUCGAUGCCCGAGUGGCAGCUGCCCUUGACAAGACCGCCAUUGUGGUUCAGGACUAUGCGUCUGGUGAUUAUGUUCAGAUCCCACAGUGGAUUGUAGAUGGUUACCUUACCAUGAUGCUGGAAGUCGACGGCCAGCUUGGGGCUACUACCCCUGACCUCGUUGUGGUGCCUGUGGGCGUCGGCUCUUUUGCCCAGGCUGUAGUAACACACUUCAAACAACAAGGUAAACAAACCACGGUUCUAACAGUCGAGCCUGAUACAUCCGCCAGUCUCUGGAAGAGUCUCAGAAAAGGUGAAUCUUCCACCACGUCGGAAAAGACGCCCAGUAUCAUGGCAGGAUUGGACUGCGGGACCCCUUCGUCCAUUUCUUGGUCUAUCCUCCGACACGGAGUGGAUGCAAGCCUGACUAUUUCGGACUUUGAGGCUCAUCAGGCUUGCGGCUACUUAAAAUCCCAAGGCGUAUCCGCAGGUCCAUGCGGUGCAGCACCCAUUGCCGCACUCAGGAGGCUGAAUCCUUCGGAUAGAGAAACAUUAGGUCUGACCAAAGAUUCGGUUGUGGUUGUCUUUUGUACAGAGGGUCCGAGACAGUAUGAGAUUCCUCACAGCGUGGCAAGCGAUGACCCUGUCGAGUUGACACAAACCUUGGUCAAGAUCAACUCGGCCAAUCCCUCCUUGGGGUCUAUUCCUGGCCCUGGAGAGACUGCCAUCGCCCGCUACAUCACUGCCUGGAUGGAGCAUCGUGAUAUUGAGACUCACUGGGUUGAGCCAACACUUGGGCGGCCUUCUGUAGUAGGCAUCGCACGCGGAUCGGGCGGUGGUAAGAGUCUUAUGCUUAACGGCCACAUCGACACUGUAACACUCAUGGGGUACGAUGGAGAUCCCCUCAGCGGCGACAUCAAAGACGGCAAGCUCUACGGCCGUGGAGCCGCUGAUAUGAAAUGUGGCGUGGCAGCCGCCAUGGCCACCCUAGCCAACGCAAAAAAGCAAGGCCUAAGGGGAGACGUAAUUUUCACGGGGGUAGCAGAUGAGGAAUUCGAGAGCAUCGGUACACAGCAGGUACUGGAGGCGGGCUGGAGGGCCGACGGUGCCAUUGUCAGCGAGCCGACCAACUUGGAAAUCCAGUACGCGCAUAAAGGUUUCGUAUGGUUCAAGGUGGAUAUCCACGGCCUAGCAUCCCACGGUUCGAGGUACGAUCUCGGUAUCGAUGCAAUCUGCAAAUCAGGAUAUUUCCUCGUCGAAUUGGAUAAGCAUGCGAACCGUCUGACAGCGCAAGCCGGCGAUCCUGUUCUUGGCCCAGGAAGCAUACACGCUUCCAUCAUCAAAGGUGGCGAAGAAGUCUCAUCCUACCCUUCUCUCGCCCAGAUCCAGAUAGAGCGUCGAACUGUGAACGGCGAGACGCCAGAGACAGUGAGAAAAGAGCUGGAAGAUAUCCUCAAUGACUUGGUCGAAAAAGUCCCAAACUUCAAAUACAAUCUCCGGACCACCUUCCAUCGCUCCUCGUUCAAGGCUGGCCUUGACCAUCCUUUUACAAAGCUUGUUCACAAGCAUGUUGGGAACACUCUAGGCAAGGAACCAGUCGUGUUAGGAGCACCCUACUGGACUGACUGUGCAUUAUUAGCCGAUGCUGGUAUUCCAACGUUGCUUUGGGGACCAAAAGGAGAAGGUUUGCAUGGAAAAACAGAGUAUGCAGAGGUUGAAUCAAUAAAGCAGGUCGCGGAAGCACUGACUGCAGUUGCUGUAGAGUUUUGCAGCUAG